AUAUUCGAACUUCCAACGGGGUCGGGCUUGCGCUCCAAAGAAGGCGUCAGUCUGGACAGUGUUCAUCUUCAACGACGAUGAGAUUAAUGGUGAAGAACUAGGGUUUCUCUUCUUCCCCCAAGUUCUACGGCUCUUCCAAUCUCAAAACACCACUCAUUUCUCUCUCAAAUACUCUCAAUUCCUUCCCAUUUUCACCACUCUGGCUUCCCUCCCUCACGGAUGGCCAAAACCAGACCGCCCAAGAAAGACUUGGACUCUUACACCAUCAGAGGCACCAACAAGAUCGUUAGAGUCGGAGAUUGUGUUCUGAUGCGCCCGUCGGAAACGAGUAAGCUACCUUAUGUAGCGCGCAUCGAGAAGAUCGAAGCUGAUAAUCGAAACAAUAUUAAAGUUCGAGUGAGGUGGUACUAUCGGCCGGAGGAGUCGAUUGGAGGUCGGAGGCAGUUCCAUGGAGCUAAGGAGCUCUUCUUGUCGGAUCACUACGAUGUGCAGAGUGCUCACACCAUUGAAGGGAGGUGCACUGUUCACUCAUUUAAAAACUACACUAAGCUUGAGAAUGUUGGUGCUGAGGAUUAUUAUUGUAGAUUUGAGUACAAGGCUGCUACUGGAGCUUUCACGCCAGACCGAGUUGCUGUCUAUUGCAAAUGUGAAAUGCCUUACAACCCAGACGACCUCAUGGUGCAAUGCGAGGGCUGUAAGGACUGGUAUCAUCCGGCUUGCGUAAGUAUGACUAUCGAGGAAGCAAAAAAGUUGGAGCAUUUUGUGUGUUCUGAAUGUGCAUCUGAUGCUGACGUCAAGACAAAUGAGAAUACAUUUUCAGCAUCACCGGUGGCUGAUAGCAAGCUGAAACUCAUCUAGCAUCUACCAUCAAACAAUGGGGCAUAUUUAUGUUGCUUCAAAAUUUUAGUACAAUGCUGAAAAUGUUGCAGGUCCCAUUUAUAUUCUAUAUUUUAAAAAAAUUAUAGGCCUAUAAGACAAAAUUCUUACUUGAUUAUGUACUUUCAACUUUAAAUCUAGUAGAUUAGUGAAUUUCACAAAAUGUCAAACAUGACAAGAAUCUAUUGGACACAAAAUUAAGAGAUUUAUUAGAUACUUUUUAAAGUUAAAAGAUACAUUCAAAUUUAACGUAAAUUUUACAUUUGUAGUAAAGGGAUGAAACUUGUGUAGGUUCAUACUUCCACCUCUUGACUGCUAGAGAAAUCUGCAUUUCAAUAAUUACUUUUUAAUGCACACCAUUAAGUGCUCUCUUUUUCCCGGCCUUCUGAACUAAGUCCUGCAUACUUCUUUGUGGGAAGGACAACACUUGUUUUGGGUAAGAUGGAAAAGACAUACAUCAACUUUCAGCACUAUCAUUAAGCAUAGUAGUAAGCAUUUCUCGACCGAUAGGGAGAGGGGUGCUUUGUUUUCGUUUGCUUAACGCCUCUUAGUUGUUUCACAUUGGAAGCUUGUCCAUUUCGAAACCUACAUCACUAGUUGGAAUUUCUGGGAAAAAUCCCACCUCCAAUAGCAUCCAUUUUCACCAUUUUUUCCCGGGACUUUGUCAAGCCAUAAGUAUUCUAGUAAUCUCUGUGACAACAGAUGGCUCAGGCAGGUAAGAAUAUUAAUGGAAGAUAGAUGAAACCGACUUCCCUCACUGACCAAACUACAAGUUCUGCCUGUUUGAGGAAGGGAAGAAUCAUCAGUUUCUUUAAGAUUCCAUUUCUUUAAUGUAUUCUUAUAUGAUGUGUGGUGUAAAACGAUUAACUGAAAGUUUGUUAUUGCAGCUAGAGUCGAAGCGACAGAAGAGAUGACCACGGCCAGUGGGACUCUUUGUUGGGUUCAGCAUAGCUUGGACUUUGUUGUGUAAAACUUUUGUAUUAUGACUGAAGGAAGCUAUAUGUGUGUGUGUGUGUGUGUACUGUGAAUGAUGUAGUGUAGGUAGGGGUUUAGGGAGUUUCUUAAUAACAAUUCAGGCUGGUCUUGUUGUAUCCUUUUGGUAAACUCUCUCUUCUGUUUCUGUCUUGACAGCUUUUAAUGUGAUCGAACACUGGAAAGUGGAAACAGAAACUUUAGAGGUUGCUGAAAAUGCUCAAUUCAAGUCUACACUUAUGGACAAAUCUGGAGAGGAAAAAAAAAUGAAAGUCUCUUCUCUGGUUCUGAACUCUUCUCAUUGUAUAAACACCAUUUUUAUGGGGAUGUGAAUUUGAAUAUCCAAUCUUAA